AUGGCUUCUACGAUGGGAGGCACCGGCGGUACUCCUCCUCAAAGUGUUGAGCAUAUCACACGGAUAGCACAGAAUUACGAGUACAACUCUUCUGUUCCAUUGCGAUAUUGGCUGAGGACCGCCGCGACGCUUUUACGUGAGGCCCACAUAUACGAACGCGAAGGACACGAUGAGCAAGCCUAUCUUAUUCUAUUUCGACAUGCUCAGUUGAUACUCGUCCAUCUCUCGAAGCAUCCCGAUACCAAAAAGAACGCGGAGGAUCGCAAGGCCUUAGUGGCAGCUGAGAAAGAGGUUGAAAAAAACCUAAGCAAGCUGGAAGUUCUGAGACCGCGCAUCAAUAAGCGAUAUGAGCGUUACACUCAGUUGAUGCGGGAGCGUGAAUCCCGGAAACAGCCCUCACGAGCCAAAAUCGUCGCCGAACCACGAGAACAAGUCUCGGAUCCUGCUCUCUCUGGUGUGGCAGAACCUUUAGAAGCCGGGGCGAAUCGAGAUCUUGCAGUGCAGUUAGCCCAAUCAGAGCUCAAUCGCCGAGCCACCGUCCGAGGCUCAAAGAGUUUUUCUGGGCCAUCUGCCGAAGAGCUGGAAACUCGUCGCGCAGCUGGGGUAUGGGGAGACUGGGACUAUUCUAUGAAAUCGGAUCCUCGCUCUGACGAUGACUUCAAUGGACGUGCUCAGAACAUCAGAUCCGAUUUCGAUGACACAAAUCAACCUUAUGAGUCCGAAGUUCCUUCAGUUACGUACAAGUAUCCAACUGUGCCACGCCAGAAGCCUCUGGAGCCCACUGUGUCUUCAGGUCAAUUUGCUAUCCUCGACAAGAACGCUGAACGCCAAGCGCCCCCGAUAUUGCCUCCAAAGGAGCACCUUGAGCCCAGCCGGGCAUCUAUUGUCGGUGAUUCUGGGACAGCUGGACCACCCGCGCGGCCGGCGAAGGUAUCACCAGCUCCGGCGCUACCUGCGAAGAUCCAACCUUCCGAAGCAACUACGCGUUCAGAUCUCGAUCCCUCGAGUUACACCUUCAAACCCUCAGCCUAUCUCGAAAAUGGCACUCCACUGCGCUCGGUAUUUUUGCCAGCGAACCUCCGAUCCCGCUUCUUAUCUCUGGCUGCUUCUAACACCCGCGCCAACCUUGAAACAUGCGGUAUUUUGUGUGGUACCCUUGUUUCCAACGCCCUCUUCAUAUCCAAACUGGUCAUUCCCGAGCAGACAUCAACAUCAGAUACCUGCGAAACAGUUAACGAAUCUGCUCUUUUCGAUUACUGCGAUUCCGAGGAUUUGAUGACGCUUGGCUGGAUCCACACCCAUCCGUCACAGACCUGUUUCAUGAGCUCCCGUGAUCUACACACGCAUUGUGGUUACCAAGUGAUGCUGCCCGAGAGCAUUGCCAUCGUAUGCGCUCCGAGCAAAACACCCGAUUGGGGCGUAUUCCGACUGACUGAUCCUCCGGGUCUAAAGACUGUUCUGAACUGCCACCAGACUGGUUUAUUCCACCCACAUGCCGAGGAGAAUAUCUACACUGGGGCCUUGCGACCAGGACAUGUCUUCGAAGUCAGUGGGUUAGACUUUGAGACAGUGGACCUUCGUCCUGACGCCUUGAAGAACUAA